AUGGAUUUUUCAUCCAAAGAAAAUGAUGUAGAAGAGUUUUUACCACUUGGAGUGUUUGAGAUUCUGGGAGACAUGAUUGUUGUUAUUAAUGAGUUGCCUCCCAUUUCUUCAAAUAUCAACACCUUUUUACCAUGCCCAAUAGUUACUGAUGCAGCACAUAAGAAUGAUGGUUUUGGCCAAUUGUUUGAAGGAAGAGAAGUUCGCAAGUUAUUUGAAUACAAGUAUUACAAUGGAAAAGUUACUAAAUAUGACGAGAAAACUGGUUGGUUCAGGGUGAAGUACAAAGAUGUCGACAACGAAGAUCUUAAGUCGCAUGAGUUGAAAGAAGUUCUUCAGCCAUUGAACAUUAAUAUUCCAUUGAAAGAAGUAAACACAGAGAUCAUUUAUGUAGAACUCCAAGCAUGUCAAAAUGACAAAGCACAUUAUCCAGUGUCAUGUGCAAGCCAUGAGAAUUCUGAAACAUCUUGUGGUGAUGUGGUAUGGUUGAUGUGA